AUGACGAACUCCACUGAACAAACUCCCGAGGAAAGGCUAAAUAGGCUUCUGGUGGAUACGCCCAUCACGGACACGCACAACGACUUUCCCUAUGUUGUUCGUAUCCAGUUGCACAAUGAGAUCCAGGGCCCGGAUUUCGAUUUUCACAAGCUCAACACCCACACAGAUAUCAAUAAACUGAAGAAGGGUCGACUGGGACUGCAAUUUUUCAGCUGCUACAUUGAGGUCAAGAGCAACGACCCAUACUACCAGGACUUCAACCUCACCAGCACUGUUGUCAGAGAUACGCUUGAGCAGAUCGACGUAACCAAGCGGUUGAUGCAAGAAUACAGCGAGGACUUUGAAUUUGUGAAUUCCAGUAAGGAAGCCCUGAGUGCUUAUCGUACCAACAAGAAGAUUGCUGUUACCCUGGGUGUGGAGGGGAUGCAUCAGGUGGAUACUUCGCUCGCUGUUAUUCGCCAAUAUUACGAUUUGGGCGUGAGAUAUAUCACAUUGACCCACAAUUGUGACAAUCCUUUUGCCACAGCUGCUUCCUCGGUAACUGGUGGUCUUCCGGACAAGGGGCUUUCCGAGUACGGGGUCCGUGGAGUGCUUGAGAUGAAUCGCAUUGGUAUGAUGGUGGAUCUCUCGCACGUGUCGUAUAAGACGAUGCUAGAUGUUCUGGAUGUUACCAAGGCUCCUGUAAUAUUUUCCCACUCAUCUGCCUAUGCAUUGACUCCCCAUGAGCGCAAUGUCAGAGACGAUGUACUGCUGAGGGUCAAGGAGAACCGCGGAGUUGUCCAAGUCAACUUUUUCCCAGCCUUCAUAACCCAGACCAAGGAAGAAGAUGCCAACGGACGUUCCAUAGCCACCAUCGACGAUGCUGUUGAUCAUAUCUUCCAUGUGGCUUCCGUGGCCGGCUGGGAAUGCGUUGGGUUCGGCUCCGACUUUGACGGGAUUCAAUAUGUGCCCGAGGGACUCGAAGAUGUCACCAAAUACCCGGAUCUCAUCUAUAAAUGUAUGGCCAGAGGUGCAACCGAUGAGCAGAUCCAGGGUCUGAUUGGUGGGAACCUUUUGCGUGUUUGGAAUGCCAACGAAGAAGUCUCCAAACAGAUGAAGCUGGCCAAGACUCCGGUUGUUGAGAAGGAGUGGGAUGGAAGAAAAUGGACUUUUUCAUCUUACAGCAAGGGUCUUGGAAAUUUGUAUCCGGGCGCGGAUCAGACGGAGACCUAUAAGAGCAACGAGUGGGUCGCCGAAACGGGAAAUCCUUUUGGGUUGAAGAAGUAG